AGGUCAUUGAAAUGUAUGGGCAGAUGCUUUAGGAAUGAGACGUUAAACCAGUAUUGUAAUGUGAUAUAUGUAAGGCGUAAAACAAAUCGCACUGUAACCUGUACAACUCCACACUUUAAAGGUGACAUUUUAUAGCCUGUCUUUAUUGAUAAAUUACUGGUAAUGGGAGCGUUAAUCAACGUGGGUGACAUCAUCUAGGCGCAUAGCUAGUUUUCUAAAGCGACUAUCUCGAAUAGAAGAAAGUUCUAACAUGCCAUUGAAGGAUAGUUCCACAUUGUUCUAGUCUGUGUUGAUAAAAGGCUCAGAUGCCUCUUGUCAGUCAGAGCUGUUCCUAUUGUCCAUACCAGAAGUAUCACUGAUGUCCUCACUGUGUUAAAAUAUGUCUUAAUUUCAGCCACAGUUAAUAUGAGGCUUUUAGGAUGAAAUUCCCUCUGUGGUUCCACAUAGAGCAUUUCCUUGCUGUGCUGCAGUGGAGUGACAGUAACACAAAAUGCUUUAGGAAGGGAUCUCAAUAUUAUUUCAAGAUUAACUUAAACUAGUCCAUUCCCACUGGUAAAGUGAAGUAAAGUUUUUCUGUUGUUAUAGCGCCACCCAGUUGCCAAUUAGAGUUAAAUUUCUCCAGUCACCUUGAGGCGUCCUGUUCUACAUAUCUACCAAGUUUAGGAAAAAUCCAUAUGGCGGUUAGGCCUAGAUAAGAAAUUAUCUCUCUAGCGCCCCCAUUUUCUUUGAUGGGGUCAAUAAUGGAGGGGUCCCCUCAGAUUAUGUGUGGUCAUAUGCCUACAAAGUUGCGUGGUGAUCGGUGAAACCCUUGAGAUGUUAUACACCUUUAUGUGAUGAGCCACGCCCCCCACAAUAUUCAUUGCCUUAUAGAAGCUCAGUUUUAGUAAGUUUUCCAACUUUUGCCAAGAGGGAACUUUAGAUAUUGGUCCCUAGAUUAUGUUCACCAAGUUUCAUGCAGAUCGGUCAAACUUCCUAGGAAGAGAUCGAUUUUAAGUGUUUUUCAAAAAAUUCAAAAUGGCGGAAAAUCUAUAUAACAUAGUUAUAAUAGUUAUGGGUUCUUGGAGCAAAUUUGUUCCUCAUGAGGAGAGGCAUCUCUGUGCAAAGUUUCAUGUCUCUAUGACAUACGGGGCAUGAGAUAUGCCCAUUCAAAGUUUGCAAUUUCAAUCGGUUGCUAUAGCGCCCCCCCUUUGGCCAGUUGAUGUAAUAUUGCUUCAUUCACAUCCUCCCAUGACCCUCUACCACUGUGCCAAAUUUCACAUGGAUUGACCAAGUCAGUGAGGAGAAAAACGUGGAACAGACACACAGACAGAGUUUUCGUCAUUAUAUAGUAAGAAAAAGUGGACCCAUCCUUUAACUGUGUACCUGCAUGAAAACCUGAUCAGAGUCAGGAUAGUUAGUAUUAUUCAGCUAACUAUAUGUCACACACACACACACACACACACACACACACACACACACACACACAUGCACACACACACGAGUUUACUUCCUGUAUAAUAAAGACACAGACCUCUGGAGAUUUAACUGGCUGGUGACGACAGCUGUGGAUGUAAAUCUGGUCAGUCAGGUCGCAGAGGAUGCUUAGGUCAGUGGGAGGUGAAGUAAACUGUGUGGAUCAACAACAACCUCAUAAAAUACAACCAAAUAUGAGUGCUUUCGGGAGGGACGAAGGGCUCAAAGCAGAGUCUUCCAGCUGUCUGUCUCUGAAGAGUGACCAUUCCAAAGAUAUUCCUCUCGCCUUUGGUAAUGAACCUGGACUAUUCGACGUAGAAGAGAAAACGACGAGCAGUGUUACUGAGGAACAGCUGCCAUGUUGUGCUUUGUGCCAGGACGUCCUGAGGAAUCCAAGGUCGACCCCCUGUGGACACUGCUUCUGCAGGGAUUGCACUGACUCAUACUGGGAGCAGUGUGAAUCAGCAGGAGACCCUCCCUGUCCCCAAUGUGGAAAAAGAUCCAGAAAAAGUCUUGAACCUCAAACACCCAGUCAGAACAGCACUGAACCAAUUACUGGUAGUCUGCAGGAGGUUUUAGACCAUCAUAAGAUCAGUCUCAGAAGAAGAUGUGAAUUUGCAAUAGAAGGAACUGGUGAAGCAGGACCUCGAACCCGCCUGAACAGGAUCUACACUGAGCUUUACAUCACUGAGGGACAGUGUGAAGGAGUUAAUAUCCAGCAUGAAGUGUGGCAACUUGAGACAAUAUCCAAAGUGGAAACCCUGCGUGACACUCCAAUCAAAUGCCACAACAUCUUUAAAGUCUUACCUGGCCAAAAGAGAUUAAUCAGAGUAGUUCUUACCAAUGGCAUUGCCGGCAUUGGAAAAACCUUCUCAGUGCAGAAGUUUACUCUUGACUGGGCUGAGGGCAAGGAAAAUCAAGAUGUCAGCAUUGCGAUUCUGCUUACUUUCCGGGAGCUGAACUUGAUCAAAGAGGAGCAGUACAGUCUUCUCAAGCUGCUUCAUGACUUUGAUCCAACACUACAGAAUGUCACAGCAGAAAGACUUGCUCUCUGUAAAGUUCUGUUAAUCUUUGACGGCCUGGAUGAAAGUAGACUUUUGCUGGAUUUCCAGAACAAUGAGGUUGUGUCCGAUGUCACACAGACAUCAUCGGUCAACUUGCUGUUGACAAACCUCAUCAAGGGUAAUCUGCUUCCCUCAGCUCUCCUUUGGAUAACCUCCAGACCUGCAGCAGCCAAUCAGAUCCCUCCUUCAUAUGUUGAUAGAAUAACAGAAGUGCGAGGAUUCACUGAUGCUCAGAAGGAGGAGUACUUCAGGAGGAGAUUCAGUGAUGAUUCAUUGUCUGGCAGAAUCAUCUCACACAUCAAGGCAUCCAGGAGCCUUUACAUCAUGUGUCACAUCCCAGUGUUCUGUUGGAUCACUGCUACAGUUCUGGAGCACAUGUUGACUGCGGACCAAAAAGAGCUUCCCAAGACUCUGACCGAAAUGUAUGCACACUUUCUGCUGGUCCAGUCCAAGAGGAAGACACAAAAGUACGAUAAGGGGCAUGACAGAAUCCAACAAGAGCUGAGUGACAAAGAAGUCCUCUUGAAGUUGGGGAGACUUGCAUUUGAGCAUCUGGAAAAAGGGAGCAUCAUGUUCUACCAAGAAGACCUGGAACGAUGUGGUCUUGGUGUGGAAGAAGCCUUAGUUUUUUCAGGACUGUGCACAGAAAUCUUCAAAAGAGAGUGUGUACUCUUUCAGAAAAUGGUUUACUGCUUUGUUCAUUUAAGUAUUCAGGAGUUUCUCGCUGCUGUCUACAUGGUCCAUUGUUACCUGAACAAGAACAUCGAAGUUCUGGCCACUUUCCUGGGAGAAGACUGGGAUAAAAAAAGCAGUGAUGCGGGUCUGGAUGACUUCCUCAGUCGAGUUGUGGAGAAAUCCCUCAACAGUGUAAAUGGCCACCUGGACCUCUUUGUUCGCUUCCUUCACGGCCUGUUAUUGGAGUCUAACCAUUGUCUCCUUGGAGGUCUGCUUGGCUGGACAGCGAGCAGCCCAGAAGUAAUCCAGAGAGCAAUAAACAACCUGAAGAAAAUGAAUGCUUACGAUAUCUCUCCUGACAGAAGCAUCAACGUCUUCCACUGUUUGAUGGAGAUGAAAGACCACUCGGUGCAUCGGGAGAUCCAAGAGUACCUGCAGUCAGACAACAGAUCAGAGAAGAAGCUCACCAAGACCCAUUGCUCAGCUCUUGCCUACAUGCUGCAGAUGUCAGAAGAGGUUCUAGAGGUGUUGGAUCUUAAGAAGUACAACUCAUCAGGUGAUGGACGACGGAGACUGCUCCCAGCUGUGAGAAACUGCAGAGAAGCUCGACUCUCUGGCUGUGGACUCUCUGAAACGCAUUGUGAAGUUCUGUCCUCAGCUCUGAUGUCCAACCCCUCCCACCUGCAAAAGCUGGACCUGAGUGAAAAUGACUAUCUGCUGGAUUCAGGAGUGAAGCUGUUGUCUGUUGGACUGGGGAGUCCAAAUUGUAGACUGGAGAUUCUCAGGUUGAAGAACUGCAGUUUGUCAGAAAGUUGUUGUGAUUCCCUGGCAUCGGCACUGAAGUCCACCUCUUCUCACCUGAGAGAGCUGGACCUAAGUAACAACAACUAUCUAAAGGAUUCGGGGGUGAAGCUACUGUGCACUGGACUGGAGAGUCCGCACUGCAGACUGGAGACUCUGAGAUUAAGUUGCUGCAGGCUGUCAGAGAGCUGCUGUGCCCAUUUGGCCUCAGCUUUGAAGACCAACCCCUCCCACAUGACAGAGCUCGACCUGAGUAAAAACAAAGUGAAGGAUUUAGGGGUAAAUCUGCUGUCUGCUGCACUGGAGAGUCCUUGGUGUAGACUGAAGUAUCUGCGGCUUGAUAGAUGUGGUCUCACGGAGAACUGCUGUACAUCUUUGGCCUCAGCCAUGGCCACGUCCAACCCCUCCAGCCUGAGAGAGUUGGAACUGAGUAGCAACGAUCUGCAGGAUUCAGGAGUGAAGCUGUUGUGUGUUGGACUGGAGAGUCCGCAUUGUGGACUGGAAGCUCUGAGACUGAGGUGCUGCUGGUUGUCAGAGAGUUGCUGUGCUUCUCUGGCGUCAGCUUUAAAGUCCAACCCCUCCAGUCUGAGAGAGCUUGACCUCAGUGAAAAUGAUCUACAGGAUUUGGGAGUGAAGCACCUGACUGCUGGAUUGGAGAGUCCACACUGCAGACUGGAGACUCUGAGGUUGAAGCGUUGCCGGGUCACAGAUGAAGGCUGUGCCUUUCUGGUAUCAGCUCUGAAGUCCAAUCCAUCCUGUCUGACAGAACUGGACCUGAAUGAAAAUAGCCUGCAGGAAACUGGAGUGAAGCUGCUGUCUGGCAUCCUGGGGAGUCCAAACUGCAGACUUGUGACUCUCAGAAUGGAGGAAAUGGAGUAAACCUGGAGUGCGUCCAUCUGACUAUAAUGCAUCUUAUCAUUGGCCAUGAUGCGUUUCUGACUCCGGGGCUGCGAAAAUCUGCAACGUUACAGCUGUGUCCUGACGGGACAGUUCAACCCCAAAUCAAGAAAAUAACAUUUUUCUUUUUACUGUAGUGCUAUUUAUCAGUCUAGAUUGUUUUGGCGUGAGCUGCCGAGUGUUGGAGAUAACGGUCGUACAGAUGUCUGCCUUCUCCCCAAUAUAAUGGAACUAGGCACUCGGCUUGUGGUGCUCAAAGCGCCAAAAAAUACAUUAAAAAAAAACUCAAUAAUAAUGCCUCUUUGCAGAAAUUAUGACACGGUUACUCAAGAUAAUACACAGACCUUGUUGUGGGCAGUCUCAUGUAGGAACUAUUUUCUUUCUACCACACUACUCCCCCCAACUCUAUCACCACACAGAAGGAAGCGAUAAUUCUCUACUAGCUCACCUAGCACCACCGGGCUAGCUAAUGUUACAGCUCAGCCGAGGAGGAUGCCAUUAAUGUUUACAUCUCACGCUGUCACAAGCAUGAGCCUCUUGUCUAUGAGUAGAUGCAUGCUUUCCUCUGUGCAGUGAUACAGUUGGUGGGGGUAGUUCUGCAGAAAGAAAAUAGUUCCUACAUGAAACUGCUCAUGACAAGAUCUGUGGAUUAUCUCGAGUAACUGGGUCAUGAUAUUCUACGGCCGAUAUCCCCGACACGCAGCAACUCACACCAAAACAGUCUAGACUGAUAUAUAGCACUACAGGUAAGGGGAAAAUAUGUAUUGUUGAUUUUGGGGAAAACACUUUUUCCAAAUGAUUCUUCAUCGGCCAGCAGAUUACCAUUUUUAUCCUGACUGCCCAUGUUGACAUGGAAAUUUUCAGUCUAGUGGAUGUUCCUCCAAUUUCAAAAAUAGGAAUUUCUACAUGAAAUUCCCCCUCUAUGCUUACAGGACCCAGGAUCAUGUCUGUUUCCUUAAAGCGCAACACGACAAACCUAAGAAUGACAUCAUGCCCACCAGGCAUUUGUAAGAUAAGAUGUUUUAUUGUUUUUUUUGGUUUCAGUGUGAAUAAAAUGUUUAACAAACACAAUUAUAUCUUGCCAAGUCUGCUCGGAGUUAACCAAAGGAAUAGUUUUAUAUUUUUUCCGCUUUAAAAUAAUCUCAAUUCUAACAUAUUUGCAAACUGGAAAAAUGCAACAGUGCAGCAGUGAUGACUUGAGUCUGUCUCAACCUUCCAUCAGCGGAGUGAUCACGCUAACAAUGGCAACACUUUCACAGUCUACAGUUCAUUUCAUUUCCACUGGGUGUCCACUCCUUACAGACCCACAAAAGAGUGAGUCUGUGACAACCAAUCACACCUGUAAAAAGAAGGCAUCGUACCUAGCAGCGGGGUCAACCACACCUCCUCAAUGAGAUAAGGGUUUCUGUCCCUUUGUUUAGGGUGAGGAGCUCUCUGGGAGUAUUUAUCAGAAUGUUUGUGAAUGCAGCCCCAGGAAGUUACUGGUACUAGUAAAACGCUGAAUUGUUGUUGGUAACCUUUGCUUUUUGUACAGAUUAAACAAACGAAAUGUAAUGUGUUAAUUAAAGAACUUUAGAGCUGUGCUUCCCAACUGGUCCGGACAGAUUUCUCCUUAGUCAUUAGUUAAAGGUCCACACAGUUGGAACACAUUCAGCGCCAUACUUGCAUUUGGCAAUGUGGUCGAGCAACUUUGCUGUCUCUGUCACGUAGCGGUCUGUUAGUCACUCAUUCUACAGCAGGAAACACUUCAAAAUAAAAGCUUUGUGCUAGAAAGUCGCUGUACUUUAAAGUUAAGUGUUUUUUUUUUUUUUUGUUUUUUUUUUUACAAACAUGACAUGUUUGCAGGUUAGUCAAUUCAGAAUGGACUCGCAACCCACUUUUGGACAGUGACCAACCAGUUGGGAACCACUGCUUUAUUGGUGCAGAUAGACAGAUUGCGUCACAGCCAGACUGAAAGUGUCCAUACAGUCGGUGUAUAUAACUGUUGUUUCAAUGCUUUUUUUUUCUUAUAAUAAUGUGUACAGAAUAUUUAGCCAACAUUAUCAUGCUUAGGGUUUGUUAAAAGGAUGCUUUUCCUGAAUGUUUAAGUUAUUUAAUGAUGCUGGUGUGGAAAAUAUAUACAGCUUGUUUUUAAUAAAGCAGAUACAGAAAACAGUGACACAAACUUUUUGUCCCUCAAGCACCCACGUCUACUUACAAACUAACAUGCUGACUGUCUUCAUACAGCUGUGGACUGUAUUUGUCAGAGGUGUGGACUUGAGUCAAAGAUUAAAAAGUUACUUCAGGUUACUUGAAAUGCAUGCCAUGAAUCAAAUAAGUUCCCUUCACCUCCUAAAUUAACUAACAUUAACCCUUUACAUUUCUAGCAAAUCAACACUAAUGCUGCAUUCACGUGCUCCUCGGACGGUCCCAUUUCCCAUUGAAAUGUUCUUACAACUUUGGUGUGUUCAUGAGCUUUAAGUUGUAAUGUGGAAACAACACAGACGCUGCAAUGAUGUGUUGCAUUUUAUUGCUCAGAGUAUUUAAACAACACAUUGGUAACAGUUUUCAGUUUUAUAUCACAAGGUGACUUUGUCCAAGACUUGUUUCUACACCUCUAAAAUGAUUAAAAUAUUGCUUUACCCAAAUAAUACAAAUACUUUUCUGACUGAUCUAGGUCAGUCUACCUGGACAGCAACGAAGGGUUAAAAGCUAAUGUGCUAUAUUGGUAGUUGAUGCCAACUCGGCAAAUUGUGUACCAAAAUGUUCACAGAUUUUUGGACUUGCGUGGAAGCUCAUGUGAACUUUUCCUAGUGGGCAACUAAUUUUUCAGAUUAUUCUGAAACUCCAUGAAUGCAGGGAUAAUUCUCCAGAUCCACUUUGUUUAAACCAAUCGAACAGCAUCCAGGCAGGUUGCAGGAGAGAACCAUGAAGAAAUAAUGUUACGUGACUGAGAGCCAGUUGAAAAAAAUGACACCAAGAAUAAUUAUGUUUGCAUACAAAAUCUUCACCAGAGAUGU